AUGACUCCCUCUCUCUCUCUCUCUCUCUCUAUCUAUCUAUCUAUCUAUCUAUCUAUCUAUCUAUCUAUCUUGCGUGUGAUCGUCUCUUGUCGGUUAAAAAGCAGCCAUUUUAUCUUUGUUCAAUCUCAGCAAAGGUGGUUAAUGAAUAGCGCAAAGGAUGAACCUUUCUUAGUUCGUUUGUCUAUUGGAUCUCUAUACAAAGAGCAGUUCUUUAAUAUUUUUUUUCUUUUCAGGUUGUCUCGGAAAAAAAAAACUUCCGCUGGCGUUGUUUCUGUUAUUUAUUUAGUUUUUAUCUAUCUAUUUAUCUAUCUAUCGCAUUCUCCCCCUCCCCUCUCUCUCUCUCUCUCUCUCUUCUUCUUUUUAUUCUUCUUUUUAUUAUUAUUCUAUCUAUUCUUCUUCUUCUUUUCUGCUGCUGCCGCUGCUGCUGCCGCUGCUGCCGCUGCUGCUGCUGCUGCUGCUGCUGCUGCUGCUGCUAGGAGCCAACACGAUGUUCGUGUCACUAGCUCGAAGUCUACCGAUCAGUUUUCGUGCAGUGUCGAUCAGCAAUGCAAAAACAUUUCUGUACAACCGUAUAUCUCACUUAAGUUGCCCAGCGAGAGUACCCGUCUACAUUUUCCCCGAUUGAUUUACUUAUUUACAUAUACCUCUUUUCUCAUUUAUUAG